CGACCGAAAGGCGGUGCGCUGUGGAGGCGGGGAUUCCGGUACUUCAGGCUUGGGUGGCUGAGCUCUGUCUGCAGGGAUGGCGGGGAGAGGGAAGCUAAUUGCGGUGAUCGGAGACGAGGACACGGUGACUGGCUUCCUACUGGGCGGCAUAGGGGAGCUUAACAAGAACCGGCACCCUAAUUUCCUGGUGGUGGAGAAGGAUACAACCAUCAAUGAGAUCGAAGACACUUUCCGGCAGUUUCUAAACCGGGACGACAUCGGCAUCAUCCUCAUCAACCAGUACAUCGCGGAGAUGGUACGGCAUGCACUUGACGCCCACCAGCGCUCCAUCCCGGCUGUUCUUGAGAUCCCGUCCAAGGAGCACCCCUAUGAUGCUGCCAAGGACUCCAUCCUGCGCAGGGCCAGGGGCAUGUUCACGGCUGAAGACCUGCGCUAAGGGACCACCCAUGGCCCCGCCACCUCUCCCACGCUUGGCAUCGGCCCCUUUCUAAGUUUUGAGCUCCUGAUUUCCAAUUCCGUGCCCCUUCCCACUCCGUCGAGAGACUAGACGAGGUGCUUCCAUGUUGCUGGGGCUCUGCCAUUAAAAUCAAGACUGGUGAGGGAACAGGAAGCAUGAUUGUCUUUGCUCUCCACUACCUCUUUCCUGUACUGUUACACAGUGUCAUUGUUGAUGUUAAAUUAAAAUAACGUUCUUGCUUCUCUCCAGACCGAGCCUG